GAUUUGUCAGAGAAACGACGAGCGGUUGAGCAGUUGGAGGGGGAACGCACUGGUUUGGAGGAGCAACUGCAAUUGCAGAAACGCAAUUUUGAUCAGCUCGGCUCAGAACGAAAAGAACAAGAGGGCACACUACGCGGAGAGAUCGAAAAGCUCAAGAAAGCAUUGCAGACAGCUCAAACGAAUGCAUCAAAUGCGAAAGAAGAGGAGUUGAGGAGUCUGAAUGCACAACUCGAAUCGCUGAAUAAGAACCUGAGCAAAUCCGAAACUAAAUAUGCAGAGCUGGAAAAGAAGGCGUCCGCAUGGACAGAAGAGAAGAAAGCUUUGCUGGAAAGAUGUUUGAAUACGGAAAGUGAUCUGGAUUUUGAGCGCGAACGAGCGGCUGAGAACAAGCGCCGUUUCGAUAACGCGCUAUCGGCAAUGCAUGAAUUGGGUCGUGCCAACCAGUCACUUCAGGUUUGA